ACCGUAACAUCGGGACCUCAAAACUCACAAAUCAAGCACUGUCUGUUCUAAUAUUUUGUUUGUGAGGGGGAAGGACAACGGUCCACACUGGCACUUUUUGUUGGCCAGUUAUAUGCUGCAGUAUAAAGAGCAACAUUGAAAGUGAAAGGAUUAAUAAAUCUGAGACGGGAAAGAAAGCUGCAGGAACAGGUGACACAAAACAGCAGCUUACUACAAAAGACGAGAAGGAGAAAGAGGGAAAAUGAGCCAGCUCAAAGCCAUUCAUGGAAAAUACUACUAUGUAAUUGAGUCGGGCAGUACUGACAACUUACCCACGCAUAUUUUAAGUCAUCUCCAGCAGCAAAGACCCAACCUGGUUCAGGUAUACAGUGUGGACCAGUGUGAUGUGAUCUUGGUUUUAUGCCCCAUUAUUUCACGGGCAGGAACUGACAUUGAUGCUGCUCUGAAAAAACUUAAUGACUUGUCAGCAUUCAAGCCAGCUAUUUUCAUAGUCCUGCAUCAAACGUUUGACCGUGAGAGAGUUGUACUAGACAGCAGCACAUUUGUAAAGAGGAUGAACACGCUUACAGUGGACUGCCUUUUCUUUGACACAAGGUUGUUAGGAUGCAACAUAAAUGAUGAAGCACUGGACAAAAUCGUUACAUGUUUCAAGCAUCAGACAAUCGCCAACUUGCCAAUCAUUGGAACCUUUUUGAUCAGGUUACUCAGUUUUUUAUCAAAGACAAUCGCCAACUUGCCAAUCAUUGGAACCUUUUUGAUCAGGUUACUCAGUUUUUUAUCAAAGACAAUCCUCAACUUGCCAUUCAUUGGACCUUGCUGGAACAGGUUAUCCAGUUUUAUAUCACAGACAUUCAUUGGAGAUCUCUGGAACCAGUUACCCAGUAUUAUGUCACAGAACAAAAAAAGGCAAGACAGUGAUGAGGAAAGAUCUGCUUAAAAGCAACAACAAAGAUGUCUCAAAGAUGGUCAAAGAUGUAGAUGACAGUGACAUGGACUAUGUCAAAAAAUACUUAACAAAUCAUUAACUUUGGUAGAUUAACAGUACAAAGUACAAUACACAUAUAUUGAGACUUUAGAUCAGGGGUCAUCAAUCCUGGUCCUGGAGGGCCGGUGUCCCUGCAGGGUUUACCUCCAUCUUGCCUCAACACACCUGCCUGGAUGUCUCAAGUAUACCUAGUAAGACCUUGAUUAACUUGUUCAGGUGUGUUUGAUUAGGGUUGGAGUUC